AUGCCUUCAACGAUCGGCACGGAACACGUGCCCAAUCCAAUAAGCACAGAUGGCCAAAGAAAGCUCCCGCGUCUCAUUCCCCGCAAGAAAGCUCCUUCGCAGAACGCUCUCCCAGUACCAGGGACACCAAACCUUCCACCUCCAUCAGACUCAUCCAUUCUGAUCUUCCAAGAGCCCACCCGACGUAUCUUGUCCUCCCACGACCAUGGUAUCUUCCUCUCAUCUCCAACAUACUCCCUCAUCCUCUCCUUCGUCUUUUCUCUCUCCGAGUCGGCAACAGACAAGAAAAUCUCCUCGGUCGAUGUUCCGACCACACACCCAAGCAUUCAUAAGAUACUCUCCAUACUCGACUCGAUCGAGGAAACAAUAACUCGGUGUCCGCCUGGCGACCAAGGUGGUUCGCGCUUCGGCAACCCUGCCUUUCGUGAUUUCAUAGACAGCAUCUCAAGCCAGAGCCAGUCCUGGCAUCAACGCCUUGGUUUGCACUCUCAGUCGUCGAUCGAAGAAGCCUCGAUUUACCUUUAUCACUCUUUUGGAAACAGACAACGCAUAGAUUAUGGAUCCGGCCAUGAGCUCAACUUCGUUAUGUGGCUUCUCUGCCUCAACCGACUCUCGCUGCUCCCCACAUCCACAUUUUCAGCGCUCACUUUGGCUGUCUUCCCUCGCUACAUCAAAACUCUGCGGAGGUUACAGAGCACUUAUUACCUCGAGCCCGCCGGCUCGCACGGUGUCUGGGGUCUCGACGACUACCACUUCCUCCCCUUCCUCUUUGGCGCAUCGCAGCUGCUACAUCAUCCUUACAUAAGACCGCUGAGUAUUCAUAAUGAAAUCAUGCUCGAAGAAGAGGGCGGUGAGUACCUUUACCUAGACAUGGUCCGCUUCACCAUGGCCUCGAAAACCGUCAAAGGCCUCAAAUGGACACAGCCAAUGCUCGACGACAUCUCAGCCGCUAAGAAUUGGGAGAAAGUGGAACAAGGCAUGCGCCGCAUGUUUGUGAAAGAAGUAUUGGGGAAGUUGCCUGUUAUGCAGCAUUUCCUAUUUGGCAGUCUGGUGCCUGCAGAGGGCAUGAGUAGGGAGGAAGACGCGGGAGUCGCACCUGAGAGUGAGGAGAAGGAAGGUGGAGAACUGACGGUGGGCGAGAAUGGAGUGGGGCAUGUGCAUAGAGAUGAUGCUUGGGGUGAUUGCUGUGGGAUUAAGAUUCCGAGCACUGUUGCUGCGGCGCAGGAGGCCAAGAAAAGAGGGGAGGGGGAUGGGCUGAGGAGGGUACCGUUUGACUGA